GGGCGGAAGCCAAGCCUUCACUUCCGCUUCCGGGGUACACAGUGCUGUGUUAUCUGCCUGAAGGAGGACUACAUAUGCUGGAUGCGGGAGGCACUUAGUGUAAUGUGGUCUCUCCCCACUCAGACAUUGGUUUUUGGAUAUCAAUAACGGAGGUACCAUGAGUUUUCUCCUACCAAAACUGACCACGAAAAAAGAUGUGGAUCAGGCAAUUAAAACCACAGCAGAGGUGGUCUUGGUUCUCCGAUUUGGAAGAGAUGAAGAUUUUGUCUGCUUACAACUUGAUGACAUACUUUCAAAGACGUCACAUGAUCUAAGUAAAAUGGCAACUAUUUACCUUGUUGAUGUGGAUAAAGUGCCUGUCUAUCGCCACUACUUUGAUAUCAGUUACAUCCCGUCUACUGUCUUUUUCUUUAAUGGACAACACAUGAAAGUGGACUAUGGAUCCCCAGACCAUACAAAGUUUGUGGGAAGUUUCAAGACAAAGCAAGACUUUAUUGACCUUAUUGAAGUGAUCUACAGGGGAGCAAUGCGUGGAAAGCUGAUUGUACGGAGUCCUAUUGACCACAAGAACAUUCCAAAAUAUGAUCUUCUCUAUCAAGGAGUUUGAAGUGGUUUCCACUCUUAGAAAAUUGUUUUCCUUUGUUACAAAUACUUUCAAAAAGAAAAGAUCCCUGCUACAAACAUCUAACAGAAAUGGUUUUCCAAUACAGUAUUAAAAAAAAAUGUUUUGCCCAAAGUACAUAUAUCAGUUAAACAGAUUGCUAAUCUAAAGUGUUUUUUUUUGUCUGUAAAUACAUUUGCAAUUGUUAUAUUUAUGAAAAUAAAGUAUUUAUUUUCUAAAUUUACCCCAA